GAGGUAGAGACUCCAGAGGUGUUCACACUCGGCAGUCAGGACGAAUGCAGGAGGAAAGAGGAAGGCUGUGUGCUCCGUGCGUUGUCCCCUACGAUCGGACGCGGGAGUGUUUUUUGGUGAAUAAAAAAGGACAAAUGAGUGGAAAUUGAAUUUUUUUGAGAAAACUUUCAUCGAAAAGUUGCGGAUGUCAUUGGAUUGCUGGAGUGUUUGCAGAAAAGAGAUAAAAGUGUCUAGUUCGAGGUUUCAUGGUGUAGCGCAUACCAAUGCCAUUGCGUCGAGACAACGUGGAGGAAAAUAAAACGUACUGACCUUCAAGAGGAGAGCUUAAAACUAUAGUCAUCAGCAUUAUGAUGACCAAACGGGUUGGAAUCAUAUGAAUACGUCUUUUCUCCAAUUUAUUCAAUCGUCUGCGAGAUGGGUUCCGAGGCUUGGGAGUUGGAGCGAAGGUAUUCGGUGCCCGGGGCUCUGGAUACGCGGGGACUAGAGCCACCGGCUAGUGAAGACCUUCAUGCAUGGUCGAUUUACAGGCAAAAUCUCAACUCAGACUUUACAGACUCUGCCCUUGGCUCCGCGGAGAAGUCCCCCCUACCCUAUGGGAACUUUCAGCUUCGAGAUUCAACAGUACAGAGUAUUCUGAGGCACCCUCGGUACGGUCCAAAGAGCCCCCUGGCAAGCAACUCAUACACGUACCUGAAAUUCGGUCUCCCUCGUGUAUUACCUCCAUCCCGCGCCCGAGAUGGCUCCAGUGGUUACGACUCCAGCGAGGAAGGUCGAAGGAUCUCCCACAGCGGACUCCACCAGCAGUCCACAGCUAUGCGAUCAGCCAGGAGUGAUCCAGACUUCAGACAGGUUCAUGCAACUCCCCGCGAGGCGCAGCAAACCCCCUCACAAUUACUCGUGAGAGAAAAUAAAAUGAGAAGUGCCAGUGAAGCGAAUCUUCUGCAUGCAUCGAGACCAAAUAGAAGGCAUAGCAUCGCACCAAUGGACCCUGGCUAUGGGCAAGCAGUCCUGGAACAACCCCAGGGGAUGCUUGGACCCGAGGGCGACUAUGGUCAGAGCCUACGGAGACUUGCUGUCCAGCAUCCUCAUGUGCAAUUGCGAGGAGUUGAAAGCUCUGGGGACUCUCACAGGACGUCGUUGAGGGGAAUCUCUCUGGAAGCCGCUGCCACUGACGUCCUGGCCGUCAUGGCGACCACUGAGAGAGAGGGGACGACGAUUUUAGAGACCAUCGCGGGGAGGAGGAGAAUAAAGAGGGGCGAUAUUCUUAUGAACGGAAGGAGUGUGUCGACUCGGACAUUGAGGUCGAGGGUUGCCUACCUCCCCGCAGAGAGCAGUUUAAGCCCAGGUCUAACAGCUCAACAAGUACUGAGCUUCUACAUGUGCUUGCGAGGGGGUUCCCAGACUUCAGAAAUGGAAACUGAAGCAAUCCUUCAGGAAUUGGGCCUCGAAGCUACGAAACACUGUCUCGUGAGCUCUCUGACGACUUCGGAAGCAAGAAGAUUAGCCCUGGCAUGUCGUCUACUUCAAGACGCACAUAUACUGGCCCUAGACAGGCCAACACAUGGCCUCGACAUAUUCGAUGCGUUUUUUCUCGUCGAGUAUUUGAGACAGUGGGCGGCGAGGGGCGAGAGAUUAGUCAUUUUGACUCUUCAUCCCCCCACGUACGAGAUCCUCACGAUGGUUUCGAGAGUCGCUUUAACUUCGGGUGGACGCAUCAUGUAUACAGGGGCCAGGAGAGAUAUGCUGCCGUAUUUUGCUCUCGCCGAGUUUCCUUGUCCACCGUUUAAGAAUCCCUCGGAUUAUUAUCUUGAUUUGGUGACUCUGGAUGACCUCUCAGCAGAAGCCAUGUUAGAAUCCUCGCAGCGAAUCGAUCAUUUAGCAGAGCUUGCUAAAGCUCGUCUCCCUGCUUUGUCAGACCCAGGCCCUCCGGGUAAUCUACCUCCAGCUGUAUACGAUGCCAAUAUUUUUGUACAAAUUUAUGCCCUCCUCAUGAAGACACUAGUCUACAGCCAACCCUGGGCCUUGACAAGGCUUCUUCAGAAGAUUCUCAUCGCUGCCUCUCUCAGCAUUAUUCUUGGGGCCGUGUUUUGGGACGUCGCUGGAGACACCAAUUUAUAUCUGAAGGAUCGCGUUGGGUAUUACUACGCUAGUUUGGGAAUUCUCUCCUGGCCUCUGGGGCUUUUGCAGAUAUUCGAUAUCACGAGAGCCAGACGCAACGUCGAGAGGGACAUAAAAGAUGGACUCUAUGGUCGGUUCAUUUACAUCAUAAUAGAGUUACUGUGCAGUUUUCCCUCCUGGUGUCUCAUCUACGCAAUCUACCUUGGUCCAGCCUUUGCCAUGUCAGGUCUACACCUCGCAGUGGAUGAAAACCUGACGUCCCUCUGGUCGUACCUUUCCUACGGUCUCCUCUACCUGAUGCUGCAGCACUUCAUCUGCACAUUCUUCGCCCACAUCUGUAAAUGGAGUGGUCUGGCAGCAUUCCUGUCCGGAUUGGUAAUAGGCGAGAUAACCCUGGGGGGUGGGGUCACCCUUCACCUCGAGAACCUCCCCCUCUGGUAUCAAAAUCUCAGUCCAAUGGAGUGGACACUGGCCCUGCUUCUCCGACAAAUUCAUGGAUCAGUUGCACUCAACAAACUGGUGAAUUGCAAAGCGAAACAAGUGCAACGUGAGGAUAUCAUCGUUCAGGCACCCUGUGAGCCCCUCGACGGGGAGUCAAUACUUCGAGAAAUCGCUCUCAACUCAAUUAUUGAUUUUACGGAGAUUCGUUUGGGCACUGGAAUCGGAAUUAUGUCGGUAUUGAUAAUAAUUGCGUUUUUAUUGAUUCGGUACAAUGCACCUAAGAAACCCAGGAGUGCGCCCAACAAGCCUUAGGGCUCUGGGGGAGCGAAAUCUGACAUGUGCCACCUUAGCUGUGUAUUCCACUAUUAUUUUUUUAGGGAUUUUCAAUGAAUUUCGACUUUAAUGCAGAGCGGUGCAGAAGAAUUAAGAAUAACCGUAAAACGCUAUUUCCUCACGUAUGAAAAAAUUUAAUAUUCACAUCUCUUCAAUAUUUUUCCGUUCUAUUGGACUUCUUUAAACUAAUUUUUCAAUUUCAUACUUUUGCCAAAAAUGGUCAAUGAAAUAGAAGGACAACAGUAAAGAUUGAAAAAUAGAGUAAAAUUCACGUCCUAAAUUUCAUCAUCUUCUCCAUCGCCUCAACCAUCGAAUUAUUUAUAUUUCGUCUACCUCCCUGCGACUUUUUAAAGACCUUAUGAAAUGAGUAGAAUGUCAUAUCAAAUAUUGAAAUCUGAUUAUUUACUCAUUUCACAAAAAAAUUAUUUUAGAAACUCGCAAGAUAGACGUGUUGUUCCAUUACUUAGAAAUAGCCUCUAAAUUUUAUCUUAGUACCUAGAUACUCUGUGACAAGUCCAGACCAGUGCUCAAUAGAUCUGCACAACUUAAAUUUCCUCAGUUAAUCAGAAAGUGGGAAAGUAUCUACAGAUCUGAAAAAAUGAUAGAAACAAAAUUCUACAAAUGAUGGUUUCUUUUAUUACAGAGAAUUAAUUGUUCAUAAAUACAUUGUUGACAGUAAAUGGAGUAUAUUAAAGAGUAAA